GAGAAUUCGUACCGUAGAUCCUACAAUUCUGCCACUUGCAAGCUGCAAAUCGACUUCAGAUAAUAAAGGCCUAAUAUUGCCAUUGAAGGUCCGAGAAAAGAUACGUUAGUACUUGGAUACAUUACAUUGCACGAAAGCGCAGCGAAAGAAGCGUAAUCCAACCAUGCCCGGCCGGCAAGCCCACGGACGGCCCGUCGGCGGCGGCGCACAGAGCGCGGGCGGCAAGGGCAAGAAGAGAUCGAAGGCCAAGUCCUCGAAGAAGGCGCUGAACGCCUUUGCGAUUGCAUCGGAAGAGUUCGCCGACCGCCCAACUCGCACCCCGCGCAAUCGCGAGUUAGACGCACCACUCGAGGGUGGUAGCCGCGGCGGCAAGCGCUCUAGGAAUGCGGGGGGCGAGGAUGACGACGACGACGAUGAUGAUGAGGAUGAGGAUGAGGACGAGAGGAGGCCUCCGAGGAAGAUGCGCCGCGGCGCUGACCGCGACGAGGAUGUCGAGUAUGGCAGUGAUAGUAGCGGGAACGAGUGGCGCAUCGGUGUCGAUGAUGAUUCUGAGAUCGAUAGUGAUGAUGCGUUUGGCGAGAGCGACGAGGAAAGGUUUGAGGAUUAUGCGUUUCGUGGGAGUAAGGGGAAGCAGAAGCAGAAACAAAAACGGAGAAGACAGGAUGACGAUGAUGAAGACGACGACGAUGAUGAUAUUGACGACGCUGAUGGCGCCUCUCUCGGAUCGGAUGCCAUUGAUCUUGCCCAGGCUCUAGAUAUGUCUAUGUCGGAAGACGACGAACCCGGAGCGGACCCAGAAUCGGGUUCUGAUGAGAGUUCUGACGACGAUGCUGAAGCAUCUGACGAUGAGUCCCCUGACACCGAGGAUGAUGAAGACGACGAUGUAUCAGAAUCCGGAAUUAAUGCCUGGGUAUCAAAAUUUUCAGGGGUAAAAGACGCGGACGAACAAGAGACUUCGCCAACCAAGAAACCUAAGCUCGGAUUGAAAGAUCUAGGCUUAUUAGGAGUCAAGGAUCCUCAAUUGAAGAGGUCCCUCAAGCUUAUGACGAAAGAGGAGAAAUCUAGCAAGCCGCAAAAACUCGAAGUACCCCUCGCAAGACGCCAGCAAGCAAAGCUGGAUCGCACUGUUGCGUACGAGAAGACGAAUGAGUCCCUGGACCGGUGGACGGAGACCGUAAAGCAUAACAGAAGAGCGGAGCAUAUAGUAUUUCCCUUGCCACAAAACGAAACUGGUCUCGCUAGACACGACAAUAGCGAGAUUCAGGCUCUAAAUCGCAAAGCGCCUGGGACUGAACUGGAACAAACUAUAUUUGCCAUCAUGGAGGAAAGCGGCCUAGGACCAAGCACCAAGAAAGAGACAAAAUUGGAUGAUCUAGAGGAUGUAGAUGCUGACGGUGUCUCGCGAAAUAAUCUCAAGGAAUUGUGGCAGCAAAAGCGCCGCGAGAGAGAACUCAAGUCCCGAGAAGACGCAAGAGCAAAGCGCAUCAAGAAGAUCAAGAGUAAGGCUUACCACCGUGUACACCGAAAGCAAAGGGAAAGAGAGGAGUUGAAGGAGCACGAACGCAUGGCCGCAAAUGGGGAAAUCGACUCGGAAGAGGAGCGCGAAGCCCAGGAUCGCCAGCGAGCUAUGGAGAGAAUGGGAGAUCGGCAUCGGAAGAGCAAGUGGGCUAAAAUGUCUAACAAGGAUGGUCGCGCUGCUUGGGACGACGACGUUCGAGUGGGAAUAGCCGAAAUGGCCCGCCGAGACGAAGAGUUACGCCGUCGCAUCGAUGGUAAACCGUCUAGAGGAAACGAUAACUCGGACGACGAUUCUGAUUACUCGGGUGGUUCGGAUGAUGUUGAUGAACGAAAGAGACUCCUAAAGCAACUUGACGAGGUUUCCGACGCCGAAGACGGGCAACCAAAGUCGAAGUUGAUGAGCAUGCAGUUCAUGAAGAAGGCGGAGGCGGCGAAAAAGAAAGCCAAUGAUGACCUAGUAGCCCAGAUCCGACAAGAACUAGCUUCCGACGACGAAGACGGCGAUCGAUCUGACGACGGACCUGAGGAUGUUGGUCGACGAAUAUUUGGCCAACCAUCAGGGAAGAAGUCCACUGAGAAGCUUACCAAGGCUAGCAAGACAGACAAGACAGAGAAGGAGGAACUUCAAGCUGCUAGGGAUAACAUUGCGGCCACCUCAGGUAGUCGAUCGAAGGGCCUUUCAGCCCCUGUCUCACAGGACGCAAACGCAAACUCGACAGCGAGCGCUUGGACCCAACCGUCAACAACAGGGCCGUCUAGGAAAAAGAGAGGCAAGACGGAACCCGGAGCAGAUGUCCUACAGCUUGGUGCGGACUCCGCGGCUAUUGCAGCGCCAGCAGUUCCAGCCUCAGCGAAGAAACCCAAGCCUAACAACAAGCAAGCGGUCGUGAGCUUCGAGGACUCGUCUGACGACGAGGAGAGCCAUCUUCCCAUCAAAUUCCGCGACCACGAGCUAAUUGAAAAGGCCUUCGGCGCUGUGGACGUCGUGGCCGAGUUCGAGGAGGAUAAAGCGGCGGCUGAAGAGGAGGACGACGAUAAGAUCAUCGACAACACGCUUCCUGGCUGGGGUAGCUGGGUCGGUGACGGUGUUAGCAAGCGCGAGCAGAGUCGGCAUCACGGCCGGUUCCUGGCUAAGCAGGAGGGGAUCAAGAAGAAGGAUCGCAAGGACGCGGGGCUGAAGGGCGUCAUUAUCAACGAGAAGAGAAAUAAGAAGAACGACAAGUUCAUGGCCUCCCAGCUCCCGCACCCGUACGAGUCGAGGCUCCAGUACGAGCGCGCGCUGCGGCUCCCCGUCGGCCCCGAGUGGAUGACCAAGGAGACGUUCCAGGAGGCGACGAAGCCGAGGGUCUUGGUCAAGCAGGGUAUUAUUGCGCCUAUCACGAAGCCUACGCAUUAGGGGAUGUUUUGGUGUAUUUGCGGUUGGUGUGUGUGGGGAAAAGGGUUGGUUUUAUAAGUGUACCCGAUACCCUAGGCUAGAUAAUCUAAGGCAUAUGGUAGAAUACAUGGCAUCCUAUGGCAUUAUCAUAAUGGGAUCGGAAGAUGGGUGACGUAGGAAAAGUUCCAAAUGGAAUUGCGAAAUGUCCAAGGCUCUUGACUUUU